AGCCAUCGACCUCCUCCUUCCAUGAAAAUACCGUCCCCCAAAAAUUCUACAAUUUGGAAUCGGUCCGCUUCGCAUUUGUCCGUUUAUAUACACAUCCAAUUCAGAGGCUGAUUUCUUCAUUAUCAACAAUCUCUCACCCUCACAUCUCUUUCCAAUUUCAAUGGCGGAAUCAAAGAAUCAAUCAGAGUUUCAGGAUUUCUUACCUUUAAUGGCGGAAAAGCUCGGCGGCGAUGGUCUGAUUGGAGAAUUAUGUAACGGAUUCCGGCUGUUGAUGGACGCUGAGAAAGGUGUGAUUACGUUUGAUAGCUUGAAGAACAAUUCAUCGGUUUUGGGGCUGCAGGAUCUGAGCGAUGAGGAUCUGUUGAGUAUGUUGAGAGAAGGUGAUUUUGAUGGAGAUGGUGCUCUGAAUCAGAUGGAAUUUUGUGUUCUCAUGUUCAGAUUAAGUCCAGAUCUGAUGGAUCAGUCUGAGGUUUUGUUGGAAGAAGCUCUUGAACUGGAGUUGAACAACUCGCAUUCAUAGUUUAGGUUUUGAUUCUGAUUUUUCAUCUUUUACUGCUUCUAAUUUACUAAAUAAUGCUUAAGAUUUGUUGAUCUUCGAACGUUUGACUGAAAUUAUAUAUAAAUAUAGAGCACUGAUUAUUUAUGAACCGUCGUGUUACUAC